CUUGCUUAUCACGAUUCACAUCGAGGCUCUAACAGCUGAGGAGGAUGCUGAACAAGGAGAUUUGAAGCCCGGAUCAGCUCUGACUGCUGCUGGUUUACAUUUCACUUCAUUUCAUUAAUUAAUUAAUUAAUUUAUUUGUUUAUUAGAGACCUUUCCUCUCACUGACAUUAUUUUCUAUUUAGCCAUUAUAUUUUUUGGUAUUAAAUCCUGAGACACUGAAAGUAUUUCGGGCGCAUUCCUGCUGCUGGCUGGGACUAUGAUUUAUCGGCGCUUGCAGCUUGGCUCUCAUGACAGACUCGCUCUCACUGGGUCUCUUUCAGACGGAAGAGAGCGGUGAAUUGUCUUUAACUUUCUUGAGCAUCUUCGACGAAUUCAGCUGCAGCGGGUACUUUUUGCACUUGAGCGGCUGUCCUGUGUGUAGGUGUGGAAGCAGCCAUGUGGAGCAGAGAGAGCGCUCCUUUACUCCUCGUCUGCCUGCUGGCUCUCACAGCCCUCUGGAAAACCAGAUCGGUGAAUGCAGAUGCCACAUCUGAUUCCUUUAAAAACAACAUCACUCUGUUCACACGCAUCCUGGACAGCCUGCUGGAUGGGUAUGACAACCGUCUACGGCCUGGUCUUGGGGACAGAGUAACUGAGGUGAAAACAAACAUCUAUGUUACCAGCUUUGGACCAGUUUCAGACACGGACAUGGAGUACACCAUAGAUGUUUUCUUCCGGCAAAGCUGGAAGGACGAGAGGUUGAAAUUCCAUGGACCAAUGAAUAUUUUGCCCCUGAACAACCUUAUGGCGAGUAAGAUUUGGACACCGGACACCUUCUUUCACAACGGGAAAAAGUCUGUGGCACAUAACAUGACCAUGCCUAAUAAACUGUUGAGGAUCAAAGAUGACGGGACUCUGCUGUACACCAUGAGGUUAACUGUGCAUGCAGAGUGCCCAAUGCAUCUGGAGGAUUUCCCCAUGGACUCUCAUUCCUGUCCACUAAAAUUUGGCAGCUAUGCCUACACAAUCUCAGAGGUGACUUAUGCUUGGACUCGCAAUGCUUCCGAGUCUGUUGUAGUGGAAGGGGAAAGCUCUCGGCUGAACCAGUACGACCUGCUUGGGCAAACGGUCGGACAAGAAACCAUCAAAUCAAGUACAGGUGAAUAUACAGUGAUGACGGCUGAAUUUCAUCUGAAGAGGAAGAUUGGCUACUUUGUUAUCCAGACUUACCUCCCAUGCAUCAUGACAGUCAUCCUUUCCCAAGUGUCUUUCUGGCUGAAUAGAGAAUCAGUGCCAGCUAGGACUGUGUUUGGUGUAACUACUGUUCUCACAAUGACAACUUUGAGUAUCAGCGCAAGGAACUCCCUGCCUAAGGUCGCCUACGCCACUGCCAUGGACUGGUUCAUCGCCGUGUGCUACGCCUUCGUCUUCUCCGCUUUGAUUGAAUUUGCUACUGUCAAUUACUUCACAAAGCGUGGCUGGGCUUGGGAUGGAAAAAGCGUGGUGACUGACAAGAAGAAAGAGAGAGCCUCCAUCGUCAAGAAGAAUAACGCCUACGCUGUAGCAGUAGCCAACUACGCGCCUAACGUGACCAAGGAUUCCAGUACUCUUCCCACCAUCGCCAAAGGCGGAGCGACGGACCCAAACAAGCCCAAAGCGGAUGGCAAGGCCCAAGAAAGCAAGAAGACCUUCAACAGUGUCAGCAAAAUUGACAGGUUGUCACGGAUUUUGUUUCCUGUUCUCUUUGGCAUCUUCAACCUCGUCUAUUGGGCAACCUACUUAAACAAAGAACCCGUUAUACCAAAUAUGGUCCCCUCUGUUUAAGAGACCAGUUUUGAUAGCUUCUUGUCUGGGGUCUAAGUAAUGAAUCAAAUACCUCCAGCAACUAUGUACACAAACCUUUGCAGAGUGAAGCCCUGGACUGCAGUGUGACCCUCUAUCUUCGCCUGUUUUCUACACUGUCUGCAGCACUUUUAAGAGCCCGGCUUUUUGUAAAUGUGUAUGUAUAUUUAUAUUUAUGGUUUCAUGGUGACAUAUAUUGUACGAUGACUCUAAUUAGAGUGCAUAUUUCUUUCAAAGUAUGUUUCCAGUUUCAGUACGUGGCUGCUGUACAUACAGAUCCAAUGAAGAGUAAACACAUAAUCACUAAGAAUCACGUUUGAUUUCGGAUCACUUCUCAGUGUGUUGAAUUCUGCUGUAAUGCCCACUUUCUUGAUAUAACAGUAUAUAUUUUUGUCUCGAGUGAAAGGGACUGACUAUCGUUUGAUUUCUUUCUUCAUAUAAGAGUCUUUCAACUCUUUUUCUUUAUUUCCAAGCCAGUGCAAAAACACACUUGUAUAGUACUGUUACAGUUUAAAGCUUGUUUUAUUAUCUUUGACUACAGGUAUGGGGCUUCAAUAAAAAAAGAAAGAAAGAAAAAAUCUCCAAAAUUAUCGAAACACUCCCAGAUCCUGAAAGGCUGUGAAAAGAAAAAGAUAUGAAAUGAGAAUGUGUGGUUCUGCCAGCUCGAUGUACCAUUUGGGAUUACAGGACAAUAUCGCCAAAGAAACAAACGAUACACUAUAAAAAAAAGACAUAUUUCCCAAAGGUUGUGCAUGUGUAAUAUUUGUGCAAAAAAUGGGAAAACUUCAGAACUAGCUAUACCCCAGAAAAAAUAAUUUAUGUACAACAACAGCAGAUAAACGGAUUAGUUUUAGAUCUCCAAAGGGGAACAGAAGAAUUCAAGAUUACCCAUAAAAAUUAUUUUCUCUGGCCAUCAGGGUGCGCAGAUGACCCCACAAAAAUAAAACAGAGCGGACAGAAGUGUUGCUUUAAGUGGUAUUUAUGCUUCUGUGUUAAAUAUACGCUGUUGUUAUGUUGUAACAGCAAACUCUUUAUGAACUUGCGCCUGAUGUGGACCUACCUAGAACUGCUAUUACGUUAAUGCAGCCUGCAUUAAGCCUGCAGCCUGCUCCUUGUGUUAAUGCAGCCUGCUACAACUAUUCUUGGCCUUCUUUUCGACUCUAAUCGGCUCAAGAACAUCCAACUAGUGUUCUGGCAGCAAAACUGCAGAGUAACGCAGGCACCUUGCCACAAGUGCAAAUGCUGGCAAUGACAAACAUGUGAAUUGUACUUCUGCGUCAGAUCCGCAAGGAACAUUGGAGAAAUCCAGAGUUUCCACAAAAGUUUUGCAAGAUCCUGAGAAACACUUUUCCCUGCAUUUAUCGUACUUCCAUUAGUACCCGUGAAGCUGUCCAGAACACUGCAGGUGGUUGCUAAUGAAUGUAACCCAGGCCACCAGGUCAGGGCACGCCUUGCCACGAGUGUUUUCCCUUACAGUAAGGACUCUCUUCAGAUGUCUCUCUCUUAAAUAAAGCUCUGAUUUAAUGACAUCACAGUUUAGCCCAAACUCAAAAUAAAACUCUAUAAAUCUCUCCCGUGGGCGUGUGUCUUCCGUCGCUAUGGUUCUUUUCAAGAACUCCAUAUUGGUCUGGAAGUGCAUGGAUGUAAAUCAAAAACUUCUUCUGGAUUUCGCAAAGCUUUUGUGGGAUGUCGCAAAAGUACAUCUUCAUUUGCACCUGCCCCCCCCCCAAUGUCCCUUGUGAGGCUCCGUAACAUUGUAAGUUACGCCAUAUUUGGAACCCCGUUUUAACCCUACACGGCAACCCAUGUACGUAACUACACAUCAAGUUGCUGCAUGACGCAAUGACUUGACUGGCAUGGAAGGUAUAUGGAAUAGGGAUAAAAGGAGUUUCCGGUUACUACGGAAGUUAGGACGUCGAUUUCCCGCGGAAGUCUAAAUCAUGCUUUAGUUGUAGGCUCUGCAGAGAUUCAACACAGAAGUAUAAAUCUAUAAUGCUAGCAAACACUUUGCGUAUUUACACACCAGCAGAAACUAAACAACAUGAACAUUCAUUUUUUAAAAUGUAAGUUGGAUGUUUACUCACCUUUUUGUUCUAUUUUAGUCUCUUCUGAGUCCUUCCAUUAAAUAUAUAUAUAUGAGAUGUCAGUUAUAGGCAGGAGACUGUUUCACAGAAACACCAACCAGCUAAUACCAGAGUAUUUAUUCACGCCUUUAUUACUUUACUUUUAGUUUAGUACAUCUAUUUAUAAUCAGGGGUAAAAUCUAAAUAAUUUCAUGGGUUUAUUGCUCUUGUAUAAUACAAAUGUUCAUGUAACUCAGUCUUUAAAGUUAGGGAAGUAUCUUGGUGGUGGUUAAAAUCCUGCAAAAAUGUCCUUUGAUCUGUAAACAGUAAGAGGAUGCUGGACUCCAAGAAUGAGAAAAAUGUAUUGUUAAACCUGUUUUGCUCAUGAUUACUGUAUAUUGUGUGAGAAAAGUCAUGUUCAGCCCCAUAUCAGCAGUCAUACAUGAUACUCUGUGUAAGUUUUUUCAUGACGUGAUAUACUUUUUCUUCACAUGGGUAUUUUAACUUAAUUUCUCUUGAUUUGUUUGUUGAAACAAACUUUGCAUGGAGACAAAAUCUAUGAUUUUUAUAAUUUAUUUUCAUUAUGUCCUUGGCUAUAAUUCAUAUUUCUCCAACAUCCUGACAGAGUCUUAAACAUUCCAGAUAAAGGGAUUGUUCACCAGGCGGAUGCUUGAUUCAGUGCACUUUUUAAUAAAACAUUAUUUCAGUUCUUUA